AUGCAGAAUUUCAACUAUCCUGUUUCGAAGAUCGGUUGUGGGGACAAGAUUAUGCAGACACGCCGCCAACUUGACGAGGUGAUGGGCAUGAUGCGUUCCAAUAUCGAAAAACUAUCUGAACGCAGCGAGAGACUGGAGGACCUGGCGUGUCGUGCUGAGGUGCUGGACAUGGCGUCCAACGAGUUCCAACGUUGUGCUACUGAAGUGCGACGUAAGAAGAUGUGGAAGGCGUAUGCCACCAAGGCGGUUGCUAUCGGUUUAGUUGGUGCUGCGCUCAUUUCUACAGCUAUUUCGCUCUGUGAAUCUGACAAUUCUGACCAAGAGACAUUACUCGAUACUGAUUAA